AUGUCCACUGGCGUCGUCAAUUCCGAGCCCAAGCAUGAUGGCCCCUGGCCGGCUUCCUCGAACGAAACCGAGUCGACAGAAGCUAAACCAGUGUUCAAUGAGCAGACCAACUAUGUGCCCAAGAGUACGAUCAUUACGAUCUUCCUGGCCUGUUCGACGGUCGACCUCGUCGCGUUGAUGGACCAGACCACCCUGGCCGCCAGUUUGUCCAUCAUCGGGAAUGCGCUGCAUGCAAGCGACAAGACGGCGUGGAUCUCCAGCGGCUACUUUGUCACCUCGACAUGCUUUCAACUCCUGUACGGUCGGCUAUCUGACAUCUGGUCCCGCAAGCUGGUCCUCUUCGUGGGUCUAGGGAUCUUCUUCUUCGGGUCCCUGGCCGCAUCGCUGGCGCAAACAGCCACACAGCUGAUCGUGUUCCGCGCCUUCACGGGCGUCGGCGGCGGCGGUCUGAUGACGGUCGCGCAAAUGAUCGUGAGUGACGUGGUCCCGCUGCGGGAGCGCGGCAAAUACCAGGGCAUCCUGGGAGCGGUGGUGGCGAUUGCCAACGGCAUCGGCCCCGUGAUCGGGGGUGCCCUGGCCUCGAUCAACGACGAUUCGUGGCGCUGGAUCUUCCGGCUCAACCUCCCGCUGACGGCGAUCUGCGUGCUUGCCGUUUUCUUCUUCAUGCCGUUGCGGAAGGUGACGGGCGACUGGAAGGUCAAGCUGCGGGCGGUCGACUUUUUCGGCGCCGUCCUCGCGCUCGGCAGCACCGCCGUUUUCCUGCUGGGACUGACCUGGGGUGGCGGCGAGUAUGCCUGGAACUCGGCCCACGUCAUCGUCACGCUGGUGGUGGGAUUCGCCGUGGGGGUGGGGUUUUUGCUCUGGCAGUGGAAGGGGGCCGCAUUCCCCCUGGUGCCGAUGCACAUCUUCCGGUCACGCAUCGUCAACGGCGCAUGCCUGACCAUGUUCAUCAACGGGUGGAACUUCCUGGUCCAGAUCUACUACAUCCCGACAUUCUAUCAGCUGGUCUUCGAGUACUCGACCGUCCAGGCGGGCGCGAUGCUCCUGCCGAUCACCCUAAUGCAGACCGUCAGCAGUACCGUGUCCGGUCUCGUGGUGCACUGGGCGGGCCGGUAUCGCGAAUGCAUCUUGUUCGGUUGGGCGAUAUGGGCCGUCGGACUGGGCUUGUUCUCCACUCUGGACAAAUCGUCCGGCGUGGGAAAGCAGGUUGGCUAUGGGAUUCUGACCGGUGUGGGCGUGGGCAAUACCCUGCAACCGGCAUUGAUCGCGGUUCAAGCGGGGGUGGAGAGAAGCGACAUGGCGGUGGUGACGGCGUUCCGGAACUUCGUACGAAACCUAGGGGGCACCCUUGGGCUCGCCAUUGCGGGGACCCUCAUCAACAACAUCAUCGCCUCCUCGAUUUCCUCCCUCGGGUUUAGCGAAACAGAAACUCGAUCUUUUCUGUCUAGCCCCCAGAACUAUCUGUCGAAGCUUCCACCAAAGGAAGCAGACCACGCCCGUUCGGUACUGAUCCCCGCCUACAAGAAAGGAUUCAUGAUCAUCUUUGUGAUCGGGGCUGCGUUAGCGGCGUUUGCCUUUGUCCUGGCCUUCUUUCUGAUGCCACAGGUGUCGCUGAAUCGGGACGACGACGCGAAGCUCAAGGAGGAGGGGAGGAAACGGGUACAGGGGGAAUUGGACGAGGAGACGAACGAGGUGAAGUAG